AUGUUGGAGCGUGUGCGUUUUUUGGAUGGCAGAAGCUUGGCCCGAAGCUUAAACAUAGUUGGCCGUUUCAACAGGUAUAGGAGCGUUGGUUUACUGCUGUCUACGAGACAGCUUACGAAUGGAGUUGACUGUGACGCAGAACGUGUUACAGCGAAGCCAAUUGACUCCAGGAAAACAUUCCUGGUUGAUUCUUACAAGCAUUUAAUGGAAAAAAACUCAGUAGUACUUUUUUUACACUACAACAAUUUAUUGAAGCAUGAAGAUCAUCAUUACAGGUCACAAAUUGAGCAAUUGGGAGGUAAAUUGACUAUUCUGAGGAACAAUUUAUUCAAACUGUAUUUGAAAAACUCGCAUUUGGAGGAUCCAUGCGCUCCAGUUAAAUCCAAGAAUCAAAGUAAAAGACAUCCAUUGCUACCACUUUUUAAGGGACCUACGGCUGCAAUAGCUUUCCCAGAAACGAAUCCGAAGGACGUAGCCAAUGUCCUGAAGCUUUUAGAGAAGGCUCAGGAUAAGUUAUUCGUAGUUGGUGCAAAAGUUGAAACUGAAUCCUACGAUCUAGCACAGCUGAAUAAGUACAAGCUACUGCCAGAUAAAACAGCAUUACAAGGCCAAUUACUUGGAUUACUGCACACAUUAAGCGGUGCUGGUUUAGUAAAAACUUUAGAGUCCGCUUCUCAAUCCCUGUAUCUGACAUUAUCCUCGCACCGUGACAAUGUAAAAAGCGAAGGCAAGGACGAUUGA